AUGCAGUCGCUCAAGAAUCUCGAAGAGAGAUUACUUCGCGAGGAAAAUAGAUUAUCGGCGACGGAUGACAAUCCUGGUGCAUUUGCGGCAACGCGCGAGUGGAAAAAGAAAAAGUACAAAAACAAAAUCAAAUGUUACCGGUGUCAAGUUUCUGGACAUUUCGCUCGAGAGUGCAAAAGCAGAAACCCAAAGAGUGAUCGCGAAAAUAGUGACAAUCGAGAGUGCGCGUUCGUAGUAGACUGUGAUAUUCGUCCAACUCAUCCGAGCGUCGGUAAAAACGGGUCGAGCAAGAUACCGACCGAAGUCGCGAACGCGAUACUCAGUGCGGAUAAAAGCGAGGCCUGGCUGACCGAUAGCGAGGCAUCUCGACACAUCACGUUUCGUCGCGAAUGGCUCGAAAAUUGUCACGAGUUACCCAACGGUGGUACAGUCACGCUCGUGGAUGGAAAAGAAUGUCAUGUCGUUGGUGAAGGAACUGUCAAUAUAAAGAAAUAUGUGCGCAGCGGUUGGAAAUCUUCGACGAUCGCACAUGUGCUGUAUGUGCCGAAGAUGCUUAACAACGAGAGCGACGAUCCAGUGCUUCCGAAGCAGGAGCUGGUCGCUGCAGUGCCAAGAGAUGACGAGCCCGGAGAGGAAAGCGAAGACAAUGAAGUUUUUAUGUAA